AUGGGUUUCUUUAAGCAAUACAUUUCCGAAGAAGGUAAAUAAGGAAUAAAAGAAUUCAAGUAUAAAGGAGGAUCUGUAUCAAUUGUUUAUGAGUAUUUUUGGUCUCCAUUAUGCGAUUGGAUUGUCAAGAAGUUUAUCCCCUCUAACAUAGCCCCAAAUACUAUAACUCUAACAGCAUCCAUUAUCGUAUUUCUCGCACAUUUAAAUAUGAUGUAUCAUUCUCCUGACUUCUCACAAGAAAUACCUUCUUGGGUUUCUUUUGUUAUGUUCAUAGCUGUAUUAUAAUACUAGAUCCUUGACAACUGUGAUGGUAAAUAAGCUAGAGCCACUGGAUCAUCUAGUCCUUUAGGUAUGCUUUUUGAUCAUGGGUGUGACUCCGUAGUAACUUGGAUGUUUGGUAUGUGCGUUGCAAAUGCAUUCCAUAUUUCUGAUAAGCGUCUUAUAUAUUGGGCAGUUCUCAUACUUGCCUUAAUCCCAUUCUACACAGCCUAAUGGUCUCAAUAUCACGUAGGUGUCUUUAAGUUAGGUAGAAUUAAUGCUAUAGAUGAAGGCUUGAUCUUAGUUUAGCUUGUCUUCUUAAUCAGUGCUAUUUUUGGUUAAUAAAUUUGGAGAACUGAAGGUCCAUUUGGUCUCGAAAUAGGUUCUUUCUUUAUAUUGAUAGUAAGCAUUAUGGGAUGUGGUUAAUUCUUCUAAUUUAUUAUUGACACUUAUAUUGAAUGCAAGAAGUAAAAGAAGAGCUUCAUUUCAACUUUAGAAAGUUUGCUUUGUGUAGUGUUACUAUUGAUAACUCACUCUGUUGUCUAUGCUUACACUGACGUAUAUCAACAUAAAUAUCUAUUAGUUUUAUACUUCUAUGGAAUAAGCUUAGGUUGGAGUAAGGUAACUUCUCACAUUUAAAUAGCACAUAUCACUAAAGAAAAAUAUAACUAAUGGAGAGUCAGUUUUAUUCUUUCAUGCCUUGCUCUUAUAUCAAUGGGUAUUUUCGGUCUUUAAUAAUACUAGACAUAUAUAAUUUGUGGCGUAUUAAUCAAUUCAUUCGUAUGUUACUGUCACUUAGUAUAUGAAGUUACAAACACCAUGGCAGACGUCUUAAAAAUAAAAAUAUUCCGUAUUACUCCUAAGAUUGUAGAAAAAAAAUCUAGCUGA